AUGAGCGGAUAUUCCAUCAAUUACAAAGAAGGCCCAGUUAUAAAGGCUGCUAAUUGGAUGUAUGAGUUGGCAGAUGUGGUGGACCAAUGGACCAAAGAGUACGACUCAAGGACACGACUUAUGCACCCAUAUGCACCUUAUAUGGGAUGUGCCUAUAGGCACCCGGCGGGACCUGAUGGAAAGAGCCUUUGGUUCAAACUAGCCUGCGUCUACACGAAUGAUCGUCCCAGAACCGAUGUACCCCAGACGGGAAUGGCAUGCAACAAGAAAGAAGACUGCUUAUAUUUCGGACAUGAUUACGAUUGCCUCGUCAAUCUUUGUUUUGCUCCAACUCGCACUGCUAUUUAUAAUAGUUUCUCGAAGUCCUUUCAAUAG